AUGGCAUCCACGAACGAUGGCAUCGAUCAGCUCAACGAGACGAGAACAGCUGCAAUUGAUGCAUCUACAAGAGAUGACGGCCGAAUCGAUAUCGAGAUAUCCACGACCCUGAGCCGACGACUCUCCAAACUUCCAAAUUUCGAGGAACUCGACGUGACUCCCGGGUUGGCUUCGCCGGCAUACCAACAAUACGAGAACCGAGAUCAUUCAGUAGUUGCCCUCAACAUCGUCAUCCAAGUCAUUGGAAGCCGUGGCGAUGUCCAACCCUUUAUUGCGCUGGCGCACGAGUUACAGAAACACGGUCAUAGAAUUCGACUGGCCACCCACGAUGUCUUCGAGACUUUUGUUCAAUCGUCCAAUAUCGAGUUCUACCCUGUUGGAGGCGAUCCCUCUCAGCUCAUGGCAUAUAUGGUCAAGAACCCAGGGCUUAUCCCAAGCAUCGAUAGUCUUCGAGCUGGAGAUAUAAACACCAAGAGGAAGAUGAUUGCUCAGAUGCUCGAUGGGUUCUGGGACUCGUGCAUAAUGCCUGAUCCCAAGACGGGCGAUCCGUUUGUGGCAGAUGCUAUAAUUGCCAACCCGCCUAGCUUUGCACAUGUUCAUUGCGCUGAGGCAUUGGGUGUUCCUCUACACAUGAUGUUCACUAUGCCUUGGACUAGUACAGGUGCUUUUCCUCAUCCCUUGGCGAAUAUCAAUGACCCGAGUACUGGCAAGGAACGUGAAGUUGCCAAUUACCUGUCAUACAGUGUGGUGGAAUUUCUGACGUGGCAAGGGCUCGGAGACCUGGUCAACCACUGGCGAGAAGCCAAACUCGGCCUCGAGCAUGUUCCGAUGAACGAAGGUCCGAGACUGCUUAAGUCUCUGGAAGUGCCAUUCACAUACUGCUGGUCUCCAGCUCUGAUCCCUAAACCGAGAGAAUGGGGCCACAACAUAAGUAUCUCUGGUUUCUUUUUCCGACAACCCCCCUCAUACCAGCCCCCUGAAGAUCUCGCAACUUUCCUCAAAGGCGGACCGAAGCCUAUCUACGUCGGAUUCGGAAGCAUUGUUGUCGAUGACCCAGCCCGACUGAUGAUCAUGGUCCUGAAGGCGAUCAAAACAGCUGGAGUUCGGGCUAUCAUAUCACAGGGAUGGAGCAAACUUGAGGGUGACGACGACCCCAAUAUCUUUUACGUCGGUGAUUGUCCCCAUGAAUACCUGUUUCAGCAGGUCUCUGCUGUUGUCCACCACGGCGGUGCCGGAACAACGGCUUGCGGACUGUUUUACGGCAUACCGACGGUGAUCGUCCCGUUCUUUGGAGAUCAACCUUUCUGGGGUCAGAUGGUAGCCAACGCCGGCGCUGGCCCACAGCCAAUCCCUCACUCAUCCCUGACAUCUAGAAAUCUCACCGAUGCUAUAGUACAUGCAUUGACGCCCGAAGUCGCGAUCGCAGCGCAGAAGAUUCACAAACCAAAGCCCAUAUUCAUUGAAAGUAGACGUUGGGAUCCGUUCACGGCCGUUGGAUCAGCAUCAAUGGAAGUCGCUGCGUCAAUGGCAGAUGCGACAGCAGGAGUCUUUGUGAAACCUUACGAGACAAUCAAGGAACACCAAGCGCGAACGAAAACCUCACUAGAGAGCGGAUCAAGUCAGGCUCGAUCGCAAAGCGAUUCCGCAAGCGUCAGCGAAUCCGGAGUCGCGAGGAGAGCGGCUGGAACUUCAACCAAGAGUCUUGGGAAGCUGGCCGUUACAUCUGCAAAGGGCAUAUUCGUCGAUAUUCCCAUCGCGGUUACGGAUGGGCUGCGAGCUGUACCGAAUCUUUAUGGGGAGGAUGUGAGGCCUCGGGAUCAUAUCACUGGCUUCAGGAGUGGUGCGGUGGUCGCUGGUAAGAACUUUUACCACGGAAUCUUUGAGGCUCUGACAGACAUUGCCGUGUACACAUACCACGGCAAGCGUCAAGAAAAUGCAUUGGGGGCUGCAAAGGGCCUGGGCAAGGGCGCAUUGAGCUUGGUGACCAAGACAACUGCUGCUACCAUCGGACUCGUUGCGUAUCCGGCCCAGGGCAUACACCGAAGCAUCCGGGCUGUAGUCGUGACUUCAACGCCCAAGGCGAUCGAGGCGGCUAUGCGUAUUGAAGGAGAUUGGCUUCUUAAGAAGAAGCCAGUGUCUGAAGAGGAAACUCGUUGCGCCGUUGCUGACUUUGAGACGUUGCGGAACUCGAAACCUACCAAGGUUGUACCAGGGUAA